GUUGCCAGAUGACCGCCUAUAACAGGAAUCGAUAGUUCAGCGCUCGUGCCGAUUACUCGUGUUUUGAGCCGCUGCUGCCACCACUGGCGCAGACCGUUUUCACGAAUAUAUUUUUUAUUUUGCGAACGUAAAGUGCUGAAAACUAUUCCGCAAAUUGCCAUUAAGACUUUCCGCGACGACGACAGGUGCACGAGAGUGAUAAAUGCGCUAGCAGUGUGCUCACAUAGCGAUUAAAUCGGGCCAAAGGCAGCGCAUCUCCCCGGCCAUCACACAUACAUACACUCAUACACACGGCGAAAAGACGCUGCGCGAGUGUGUGUGUGCUCCUGUAGACAAUCGACUUGCGUGGUGCCGGGUUACAUAUUUUUAUUGGAUUUUUGACUCGCCCUCGCUGCGCUAGAAAACAAAUGUGCCUGGCCUAAAGUCGGGCCACGAAUUGGCGGCAGUGCACCGAAAUUCCCGCAGGACUCUAAUCACGAAAACGCAGCCAAGAUGAUGUUCACUGGCACCAACCAGCAGCAGGACACGCGGUUCAGCGACAAGGAGAAGAAGCUGAUGAAGCAAAUGAAGUUCGGCGAUUGCCUGAACAAGAGGGUGGACAUGUCAAAAGUCAAGCUGGACGUACUGCGUCCGUGGAUCAGCAAGAAAAUCACCGAUAUCCUGCACAUCGAGGACGACGUGGUCGUCGAGUUUGUCUACAAUCAGCUGGAGGAGGAGAAGUAUCCGUGCCCCAAGAAGAUGCAGAUCAAUAUGACGGGCUUCUUGAACGGCCGCAAUGCCCGCCAGUUUAUGGGUGAACUGUGGGCCCUGCUGCUCUCUGCCCAGGAUAGCGAUUCCGGUAUACCGGCAGAGUUUAUACAGCAGAAAAAGGACGAGAUACUCAAAAGGGAGGAGGAGCAGCGACAGCGGGAUCGAUCGAAAUCCCGUUCGCGAUCCCGCUCCCAGCGGGCCAGUUCUAGGCGAGAUCGCCAGCGUGACCGCUCCAAAUCCAAGUCCCGCUCCAGAUCCCGCUCAUUGAAGCCGGCCAACAACAACGGUUCGGUGCCCAGUGCCGCACGAGAGGCGGCCGCCAAUGCGGCUGCCAAAAUUCGUAAACGCGGCUCCACCUCCGCCGCGCGUCCCGGCUCCAGAGAGCGGAGACCCAGCCGACGACCACGUUCGCGCUCUAAUCAGGGUUCCCGUUCCCGCUCGCGAACCGCUGGCAAAAAGACGGGCUCAGUGGAGCCCGCACCCGCCAAGACUGUCAACGGCCGUCAUUCGACGGACAAGUCCUCGCCGGUACCGCCGGCCUCCAAGAACAAGUCGCGCUCCCGCUCGCGUUCUCGGUCGCCGCGCAGUCGAUCUCGAUCGCCCAGCGCCAAGCGUUCACGUUCCCGCAGUUCCUCGCGACGUAGUCGCCGACGAGGACGCUCCAGCAGCAUAUCGCUGUCGCCGGAGCGCAACCAAGAUCACUUUGAGCACCGGCGCAACAAGAACAGCGUGCAGAACAAGCGGCAAUAUCGCAACAAUCGCGGCGACUCGGCUAGUUCUAUGGAGCGCGGUAACGAUCGAGGCAGACAGUUUGGCGGCGGUGGAGGUGGCCGUCGAGGUGGCAGACGUUUCUCACCGCGUGGACGCAGUCCCAUGCGACAGGAUAAUGGAGGAGGUGGCGGAGGCAACGGCGGAGGCAAUCGCUUUCAGCGAUCCAAUUCGCGUCGUCGGUCGAGAUCCCGGCGGCUAUCACGCUCGCCCAUGCGGUACUCUCGCUCUCCAAGACGCUUUAACAACCGUCGGCGUUCGCCCAUGAUGAACUUUAGAGGUGGAGGACGUGGAGGCGGACGUGGCGGCGGACAUCGCCAGAUGUGGCAGCAUCGCGGCGGAUCGCCCAACUUCCGCGGUGGCGGGCGCAUCCACUGGCAGGCCAGACACAGUCCUGGCGGCGGAGGGCGUGGAGGUGGCGGCGGAAUGGGUCGCUUCGACAGACGCCAGUCGCCGCAACAGAAUCGCUAUAAUCGCGACCACCGCCACCAGUCGCCAAUGCAGCAGAACCAGCCGUUCCGCAAGCAAUUCUCCCCGCAUCAGGGGCCGGGACGUCGCUUCUCGUCGCCGCAGCAGCGUCGAAACUCAAGAGAUCGUCGCCCGAACUCGAGGGAACGGCGCAGCUCACCGGGUGGUGGCGGUCACAUGAACCGAUGGGACAACCAGCCGCCUCCCCGAAAUCGGCGCUCAUCAUCGGGAAGCUCGGCAGGUGGACGGCAGCAGCGACAGCGCAGCGCCAGUCCGCCGGAGAAACGGGGUCGUAGCCAUAGCCGCAGUCGCAGCCUCAGUCGCCAACGAAGCCGUAGUCGCUCCAGUUCGCGACGCAACCGCAAGCGGGAGAGUCCAGUUGGACGCUCUUCGGUGGAGUAUGCUGGCCCGGCGGUCAACACCAUCGAUCUCUGUCGGGAGGAGCAGCAGCGCAAAAACAAGCCAGAAACCAUCAUAGUGUUGGACGAGGGUCCAGCCGUGCGCAGCAGCUACGCCAGCCUGUCCCGCACGCCCUCACCGUUCCUUAAGCCCCACGAGCGUCUAGCCGCAGCCAAGGCAGCUGCUGCUGCGUCUGCGGCGGUACCAAAGAAAUCCCGCGAUCAGAGCCAGAGCAGCAGUUCGGACAGCAGCGCCGAGAGCGAUGACAGCGAGGAGCAACCGCGUCGUAAGAAGCAGUCAGCCAACGUACAGACUUCUAAGGGCAAGAAAGAGAAGGCGCGGCGCAGCUCAGAGAGCUCAACCAGCAGCGAACAGAGUGACGAUGAGGACAACUCCAGUGGGGAUGAGAGGCUCAAGAAAAAGCUGCAGCAACAGAAGGGCAAGGAAGUGGCGGCAUUAAAGGGAAAGGAGAAGGAAAAGGACAAGCGGCGCUCGGACAAGAAGUCCAAGCGGGGUGCAAUGUCCAGCGGCGAUGAGGAGUCGACGAGCAGUCGCAAGCGCGUUCACAAGAAGUCACGUCGGGACGAGGCCGGCGACAACAGCGAUUCCGAGGACGAGCAUGUGCCCAAGAAAAAGCGCAAGAAGGCGAAGAAGGCGGCGGAUUCCAGUGACAGCGAUUCAGAGGCCUCUUCCAAGCGCAAGAAGCAUAAGAAACACAAGAAGCACGGCAAGAAGAGCAAGAAGCAUAAGAAGCACAAGCGGAAGAGCAGUGCCGGCAAGUCGCGGGCGGACAGCAGUUCCCAGGGCAGCAGCGAUGAGGAUGAGCAGCCGCCGACGGGUGCGGCAAGGCGGAAUGGAAACGCAGGCAAGCUGCCCAUUCUGCUGCCGGGCGCCUCCGGACCCGGCGUCAUCAACGAGGACCUCGAGAAGCAGCUGCGGGAACGGGCCCUCAAAUCGAUGAAGAAGCUGGACUGAACGACACGAGCGACUUUGUGCGUGAAUGAUUGCCCACUUUAGUCCCACAUAACUGACCCUCAAAUCAUCCAUUCAUCUUGAAUCGCAAAUCGCGAGUGGUAAAACGUGAAUCGUGAAUAGUGAAUCGCUCGCCCUCACAGACAGACGUACGUAGCCAGUAACAUAGAAGUAUACAUUUAAACCAACUAAACAUUCAUCAAUUGCAUACAUUGUAUUUCUUAAAGUGUAUUUCACAUACCGUUAAGUUCUUUCGCCUAACAAAAACAGUAGCGAUUUAAUUAGAGAGCCAACAUUAAGCGAUUGAAUACAGUUUGUAUUAUGUACAAAAAAAAUGAGAAACUGA